AUGCAGGUGACGUUCCGGAAAGCUAGUGGAGCGAGCGAGAACGAUGGCCUGACUCUGGGACCUCUGGGAGGGCAGGAUAUGGGCAGGGGUAGGUGGGAUCAGGACUCAGGACAAUGCCUGGAAUGGGUUUCAGCUAAUCACAGCGUCUGCCGGGCAAGACUGAGUGGAAAUGCGUCCGAUCAGAGCGGGAAAAGGUGGACUGGCUGUCGUAGCGCCUUUGGGGGAGGAGCCGCGAAGUGGACUUGGCCGUAUGAUACUGUAAACUCAUCCGGUGUCGGACCAAGAAAAUCGGUUUUGCAGUUCACCCAGCAAGUCCAAGAAAGGGCAGCAUUGGAGAGAAUCAAAGGUAUUCAAGGAAUGUUCAUCAAAACAAAAGUUACUCACCGGUUUCACGAGGUUGCGGCUCGUCACAAAGCUUUGCGACCAUUGCAAGGCCCAAAAGUCACGAAGCUCGCCAAGCCCGUCGCUGGCCCAGGCUCAGUCACGUGCAGCACGUGA